AUGCUUACGGCAUUGCCACCUGCUGCAGCCACAAGCGGCUUACGCGUGCCUACCUUCCUGCUGGAGCCUGCCGCCCGCCUGCUCUUCGGCAACGACACCGGCUCCCAUGUUAGCUGCACAGCGCACGGCAAUCCGCCUCCAGCUGUGUCUUGGGUAAUGCGCGAUGGCACGCUGGCGACGCAAGUGCCAGGACUGAGAAAAAUAUCUGGCAACGGCACAUUGUAUUUCCCACCAUUUUUGGCGCAAUAUUAUCGCACGGAUGUGCACGAGGCCACCUACCGUUGUCGGGCUACCAACGAAGCAGGCACGAUAUUGAGCCGCAAUGUGCAGGUGCAAGCAGUGGUGCGUCGUCAAUUCCACGUGCAUGUGGAAAACACUGAAGUCUAUUUGGGAAAUUCGGCGUUGAUUAAGUGUGCCAUACCGGAAUAUGUGCGUGCGUAUGUGCGCGUGGCCAGUUGGCAUCGCGGCGAGGAGGUACUGUUGCCGGAUCUGUCGGAUGUUGCGGGUCGCUAUGUGGUGCUCUCGUCCUCGGGCGAUCUUUACGUGCGCUCGGUGCGCACCGAGGACGGUCUGGUGAAGUUCAGUUGCCAGGUCACGAACACGCUGAAUGGCGAGCGUCAGCGCAGCGAUGCGGUCAUGCUGCAAGUGAAAGAGCUGAGCAAGAACCUGGCUCCACGCACCACACAGAAACCGGUAAUGGAAAUACAUGUGGAGCGUGGCAACGAUGCUCACCUUCCCUGCAAUAUCCAAGGCAAUCCAUUUCCCAUAUUCACCUGGUAUCGCGUUUCCGAUUCGGCGGCCCUUUAUCCCAUACCCUCGUCACAGCGGGUCAUACUAUCGCGAACAUUGUUGCUCAUCAAAAAUGCGGACGAGCGCGAUGCGGGGAAGUGGAUUUGUCAGGCAUCGAAUCAAUUCGGGGAGCAACGCAUCGAAAUACGGCUGAGCGUAAACUCGUAUGUAUCCGUGCAUAUAUUGCCGCAAGUUCAAAUUGUCAAUUCGGGCGGAACGGCAAUUUUCAAUUGUACGACAACGGGUUCAGCGAUCGAUGCUAUCGACUGGCUCCACAACGGAAAACCGCUCCAAGCGAAUAAUGCACUCAGUACUGGCCGGGAUAAUAUACGCUUUCUGUCAAAGAGCUCGCUGUUGGUGCAAAAUGUCGGACGACGGGACCGCGGUGUCUAUCAAUGUCUUGUCGAGAACCAGCGGGCCAGUGCCCAGGCGAUGGCCGAACUGAAGCUGGGCGACACUGUGCCCGAAUUGAUUUACACGUUCAUUGAGCAGAAUGUGCGUCCGGGCCCAUUAAUAUCGCUUAAGUGCUCCGCCAGUGGCUCGCCGCCGCCACAAUUCGCCUGGCUGUUGGACUCGCAACCUAUAAUGGAUGUCUCCCUGCAUCAUCGCUUCGCAAUUGGGCAGUAUGUUGAUAUAUCCGGCGACGUAAUAAGCCAUUUAAAUAUCUCACAUGUGCGACCCGACGAUGGCGGAUUGUAUAAGUGCGUGGCCACCAAUUCAAUGGGCAGUGUGGAGCAUGCAGCUCGGCUAAAUGUCUACGGUCCUCCGUAUGUGCGCGCAAUUGGACCCAUAAAAGCAGUGGCCGGCGAAGACAUAAUUGUGCACUGUCCGUUCGCCGGUUAUCCAAUCGAGCAAAUUAGAUGGGAGAAGGGACAUCAGGAGUUGACAACAAGCGCUCACUAUACGCUGGCCACAGUACAGGAGGGCGGUCAGCUUGUCAUCAAGAGUGUUGAGCCCAGUCGGGAUCAGGGCAUCUACACAUGCAUUGUGCGCAGUCGUGCGGGUGAGGAGGCGCGUCGCGACAUGCAAUUGAAUGUGAACAGUCCACCCGUCAUUGAGCCCUUCAAAUUUCCGAAAAAUCUGCAAGAGGGCGGUCGCGCGCAAAUCACCUGCGCUGUCUCCUCCGGCGACAUGCCCAUCUACUUUGGCUGGAAGAAGGAUGACGUGUCCAUUCCCAGCAGCCUGCAGAUUACCGAGAAGAAGGAGGAGUUCUAUUCACUGCUGGUGUUCAAGGAUAUCAGUGCCAAGCAUAGUGGAAAGUAUACAUGCUAUGCGAGCAACGCCGCGGCUAAGGUGAACUUCACAGCGGAGUUGCAAGUGCGCGUGGCGCCGCGCUGGUCCUACGAGCCCAUGGACACGGCCAUUAUGCUUGGCAACACAAUAUCGAUAAAUUGCGAGGCGGAAGGAUAUCCGAUUCCAGCUAUUACCUGGUUCAAAGGACAGAGCAAAGCUUCGAAGGAUUUUAAGCCACUGAGCAUGCGGAAUCACUCGCUGCUCUUAAAUCUGGCCACGGACAACGAUGAGGGCUACUAUAUGUGUCAGGCAACAAAUGAAAUUGGAGCUGGCUUAAAAAAAAUAAUACGCAUUAAUGUAAAUGAGCCCGCGCGGUUCGAACAGCCAGCGCGCAAUAUAUCAUCGCGUCGAAACGAUCCCGUGACAUUGAACUGCCAUGCCAAAGGUGACGAGCCCAUUUCCAUUGGCUGGACGCACAACAACGGGCGCAUAGACUUGAAUAAUUUCCGCUUUAGUAUUGCGGAAAUGAAGACCGAAAAGGGGGUGGACUCGCAGCUGACCAUUGCCCACUCAGAUCGUCAUGAUUCAGGCCUGUACAAGUGCAUAGCGGAAAAUCCUUAUGGGCGCGCCGAGCAAAUUAUAUUUCUGGCCGUGCAGGAGCGCCCCGAUACACCCUCCAAUCUCGAGGUCUUUGAGGUUGGCUCGCGCACAGUUAAGCUAAGCUGGCGUCGUCCCUUUGACGGAAACUCGCCCGUGCUUAGUUAUCUGGUGCAGUACCAGGCACUCAAGUAUUUACAGUCCCAUGCCUCGCUAGGUGCUGCCGGCGGCGACUGGAAUGGGAUGAACGUCAUCAACGUCAGCUUGCCAUCGACGAGCAUUAGCAAAAGCUACGACAGCGACCUGCGCGAGAGCGCCAUUGUGGCGGGCCUAACGCCAGCCACUACCUUCCUAAUACGUAUGCAGGCCAUUAACGAGAUUGAGCGCAGCUCCUACACUGAGCCUAUUGUAUUGAAGACGCAGGAGGAGGCACCCACCGAGGCACCUUCCAACGUGCAGGUGCAGACGGGGGGCGAGAGCGAGUUGAUUGUUACGUGGCAGAUACCGCCACGUGAGUCCUGGAAUGGCGAACUAAUUGGAUAUACCGUCAACUGCACUGAGGAGAAACAGAAUAUCAACUACAUUAGCGUCGUUAAUAGUUCUCUAAAGUCGGUAAUUGUCAGUGGCUGGGCGACCACGAAGGCGACGCUCCGAGGCCUACGCAAGUACACACGCUAUGCGGUCACAGUGCGGGCUCUGAACAGCUUCGGCUCUGGACCGUGGAGUGCGGCCAUCUUCGGCACCACAGCGGAGGGCGUUCCCGAGGCGCCACCGCAACAUGUCAACUGCACGGCGUUGUCAUCGCAGAGUCUGAAGAUUUCCUGGCUGGAGCCGCCGUUGCAAUUCCAUGGCGGCAUUGUACAGGGCUAUAAAAUUUUAUAUCGCCCAAUUGUGCAGCAAAUUGACUUUCCUGCAAAGCUGGAGAUAAAACGCACCUCGAACCUCGAAACCUAUUUGCAUACACUGCACAAGGCCACCAAUUACUCGUUGCGCGUGCUGGCCUACACAGCGACCGGCGAUGGGAUGGCCAGUCAUCCGUUGUAUUGCCAAACCGAGGACGAUGUGCCUGAUGCUCCGGCGUCCAUAAAAGCUGCCGCCUUGACGGCUGAUUCAAUUUUAAUUUCAUGGCUGCCGCCGAAAAAUCGCAAUGGCAUCAUAUCGCAUUAUACUGUGUAUGCGCGAGAGGCGGGCCGCAAGGGUCAGGCCAAGUCCCACAUGGUGCGUGUGGAUGAGAACGGCUAUCCUGUGACUUUCGAGUCUCGCAGCCUUGCUGAAAAUCAAAUGUACGAGUUUUGGGUAUCGGCGUCCACAUCGGUGGGGGAGGGCGAGCCAACUUCUGUGGUGGCGCAGGCCACAAAUACGCGAGCGCCUGCUCGUAUUGCCUCAUUUGGCCGAUUGGUGCGCAAAGCGGUCGGAACGGGCCUGGUGCUGGAGUGUUUGGCUGUGGGAAAUCCCACACCGCGUGCUCGCUGGCUGACCCGCGACCGCCCUGUUACAUUCAGCCCCUUCUACGAGGUGACCAACGAGGGCAAUCUGCGCAUACAUCGCGUCGAAAGCAGCUUGUCCGGAAAUUACACUUGCACAGCGAACAAUCUCUUCGGCAAUGACGAAAUCCAAUAUCAGGUGAUUGCCAUGAAGCCGCCCAGCGCGCCACAAAUCAUCGUGCAGUAUGCAUCCGCUGACAGCAUACGUGUCAGUUGGGACCCGCCAGAGGACGGGGGCGCCCCACUGCAGGGCUACACCAUCUCGUAUCACAUCACCAGCGAGACGUGGUCACAGACCGAGUUGAUGCCAGAAAAUAACGCUUACACGAUUACGGGCCUGAAAUGCGGAAAUCAGUAUAUUAUAAAAAUGUCGGCGCACAACAUGGUGGGCACUGGUGUGGCCAGUGAGGAAAUUAAUGUCUGGACGAAGGGCAAAGCCUCCCAGGCGCCAAAUGGCAACGAACUAAUUGCCACCAAUGCAACGUGCGUUAAUUUAAAGUUGUCAUCAUGGCAUAAUGGCGGCUGUGCCAUUCAUCAUUUCUCCAUCGAACAUCGACCCCUGGGCGACAUACGCUGGACUGUUGUCACAUCGGAUAUUUCAAAUGCCGAGGAAAAUCGUGAUAAUUUAAUAUUCUGCGACUUUCUGCCCGCAAAAUGGUACCAGCUGCGCAUCUCUGCCACUAACGAUGCUGGAAAAACGACGGAGCAUUAUCAUUUCAGCACGACGAGUAUUGACGGCGUCACCAUCCCACCACCCCCGGUGUUCCCAUCGGAAAACGAUUUGAUGAACAAUCUGAUAAAUGCGACAAAUCCGACCAACGGUGAUUGGUUUGCAACAUUAAUUGUCGUGCUCAUAAUUAAGGUGGCCAUCAUAACGAUCGCGCUGACCAUCAAACAUCGCCGCACCUUGUGCGGUCCAGUAGCCGAGGGCUACGAAUCACGCACCCUACCUGGUGAGUACAAAGAGGAGCAUGAGAACAGACGCAACCAGCAGGUCUAUAGUGCUUCCCCGGUGAAGACAGUGGACAAGGGUAACGAGUCGGAAAUGUACGAGAUUUCGCCGUAUGCUACGUUCAGCGUCAAUGGCGGCCGCACGGGAGCGCCCGCCAAGACACCCACACGCGGAGUGGGCGCCCAAACGCCCCUGGACUACACCAUGCAGUUCAAGACAUUUGGCCACCCAGAGGGCGAGAAUCUUAAUGCUACGGCAUACCCGCUUCUGCCCAGUGCUGGUUUCGGGCAUGUGAAGAGCAAGUCCAGUUGGCACAAACAGCGCUACUACAACACGGAUGAUGAGUCCACGCUUAGUAAAUCGAUGACCAUAGUGGCUGGCUCCCAGUCGGGAGGCCACGCGAAAAAGUCGGGCGGCAGUCGAAAUCCCAAGGGCAGCGCUAGUGCCAGCGGCAGCAGCAACAACACCGGCAUGGGUGUGGUCGGGCAGCACUGCGAAUCGGAGUCUGAUACCAGCAUCAGCCCCAGUACUGAGUUUUCCAACAUGCCCACGUAUCGAGUUCCUUGCAAAUCCGCGCGCAGCAGCGACGGACGCGCCGUUGUAGAUAUGUUUCGCCCGGACUCGAGCACCGAGUCCAACAAUGAUCAGGGCUCUCCCGCACUGGAGCGCCGUCUCAAUACGCCACGGCACAUCAACAUUACAGCUUGCAGCAGCGGUGGCAGUGGAGGGGUUGUCAUGUCCCAUGCCGAGAAACGCAGCUCUGGGCAGCGCAGCCGCAAGCAUGCGUCGCAGCAAAGCAAUCAAACGUUGGAGCGACGAAAGUGCCCUGGUAUUAACAACAGUGGAGACAGUGAGGUGAACGCGGAAACGGCCGCCUCGUUAGCCGCCUCCAUAGCCGCCAUGACGGGUGGUGAUGUGACAGGCUUUCGCCCGCCUACUGGCUUCAACGAUGGUCGCGAGUUCGCCGAUCAGGCGGAAUGCGAACGCGAGCAACGCGCCCUGGAUCUGGAGGUGCAACGCGUCAUGGAGAACACUAGUGAGGCACAGCUGGCCAAAUUGGAUCGCGAGGAACUAACUUCACUGUUGGCAAGGUAUCACGAGAAGAAGGAGCAGGAGCGUCACGAAUAUACCAUACACGUUUAAUAGUUACCUAGGCAUACACAACUUAAUGGCAUGUAUUAAGCUUAUAUACAAAUCACAGAUACGGACACGGACACAGACACAGACAACAGAUGCAUUUAAAGGCAUUUAAUAGAAAGAUAUUCAAGCAAAUUAACAGAAUCUCACCCAACUAUAAGCAUAUAAGGCCGGCAGCGCACUCUUAGUCUAAGAAAAUUGAAAGACUAUAUUCGGUUACACAGCGAAAUUGGUCCAUUUUGGAAAGUCUGAAAUCAAAAUAAACCAAAAUAGGCGGAUUUCCCUGUUCCUAGCUAGUACACUUGUAUAGCUGCUGACUUAACUCACGGGAACCCGGCGUGGAUGCCCGAUCUUGAUUAUUGUAUAAAGAUGACGAUUCUUAAAUCUAUACGAACACUCUUAAAACGUCUGUUAGUUAAUUAAGUCUAGGCUUAUGUGCGUACGAUACAUACUCGUACAUACAAACAUAUGUGUAAUUCAAUUUGUUGUGAUAAAUUAAAUUGUUCAAACCAUA